CCACCCUGAUCCUUUCACGCGCGCUGUCUGCCCUCCACCCGUCUCUCUCGCCGUCGUGAAAGACACUCGCUACUCUGCCGGUGUGCCGCACCAGUGGCUUCCGUGUGUUUCUGCUCAGGUCUUCGGUCGGAGGAGGGGCAAUUUACUGCGCCGCAGGGGGUGGCAUAGAUAAAUUUUCUUGUGUGGGUCUGCAUCGUAGAGCGAAAAGUCUCAGGCAGCUGCGCGUUGGUUCCCGCCCUCCCCCGCCGUCGUGUAUUUGUUGCUUGAGAUGGAAGGCCGCGGGUAGCUCAGGGUGCUUCGUUGUUUCGUCUCGGUUUUUGCUGCCUUGGUUGUUGGUAUUUCACGCUCGAGUUCGUUGCGUUAUCUUGCCUGCAGUGAAGAGCUCUGCUUUCGUGCACUUUUGCGGGAAUGUCCUGACGCGGCUUCGAGGAGACGGAUUGUUAUUUGCGAAGAGAAGUGUUUGGGUUGCUGGGAUUUUUUCGAUAAUUGGCCUAUUUGGCACGAAGGGUGUGGGUUUUGAGAAUUGAGAAUGCUAUUGUUGACUUCCAUUUUGAACGGUUCUGGGAGUUUGGACGUCGGAAUUAACAGUCGAGGCGCCGGGCAUAUAUCCAACGUUGCGGGAGAGUUCAUUUAGUGUGUUCCUGGCAGACAGUAUUCGCAGAGCUUUCAGAUCCAUUAAUGAUCACUUAACUGGACAUAUUUCAAGUCAUCCUUGUCCGUAUUCCUUCAUGAAGGCCCAGCAUCAACAGCACGUUUUCAUCCGCAACGUUGGGUUCCACGAACGUUGGCUAUCACGUGAGCUAUGCAAGCAAUAGUUUUGGUCAUCCCCACCCCCCUCUUUUACUGUAGUAUUGUCUCUACUCAACACUGUGCGAAUUUCUAGUGGCCCGGGGCCUUAGAGCUCAGCACAGCAACACCAUGCCGAGCAGAGGAGUUUCUGGUAAGAUGCAGAAGGCUCUUCAUAAGCUGCAGAAGAGCAUUUCAAGCUCGAACCUGAAUCACCAAGCCAUGCACCAUCACAGCGAUGCGAAAUCCCCUUCGAGGACGGGAGGCACCCUCAGAAAUGGGUGCGCGUUCGGAAGAUCUGGUCGGUUUGCAGUUAGUGAUCUCAACGAUUCUGAUUCUGAUAGCAACGACUCUGCCCCUAUAGAUGUGCCUGAAGGAAACCUAGUGGUAUACGUGGGUGAGGAGCGGUGCCGAUUUGUUGUUCAAGCCAAGCAUUUGAGCCACCCUGUAUUCAAGGCCUUGCUCAACAAGUCAGCAGAGGAGUUCGGAUACGAGCACAAGGGAGGGUUAGAGAUUGCAUGUGAAGUGGAUUUCUUUAAGCACAUGUUGUGUCUCAUCGAGACCAACGAUUCUUCAUUCUCUUCCAUAGAGAUCGACGAGCUUGUGGGCAUCUACGCCUACCCUCAGUGCGUAGAUGCCUAGUAUUCCUCUCUCUUCAUUUAUUGCGGCUUUCAAAGUUAAGUGGUAAGCUUUGGAAAGCAAUGGCAGGAAUCCUCAAAGAUGUUCAUCAAUGAUAAUGACGAUAUUGGACAGUGUUUAACACAGACCCUCUUUAGGACUAGUAAACUAAAUCUACUUGAUUUCGGGAAUGCUUUGCAUAUGGCCUGAUGGUCUCAAUAGAGGGAGGAGGUUCCCUUUUUACUCUCUUUUCUGUACCUAAGAGCAUGUUACACAUACAUGCAUGGCUUAAUAGCGUCAGUAGCACAUCCUACCACACGGUGGAACUAACUCAGCAAGAAUUCUCCACUUCCUCGUUUCUUUGUUCAACGCUUGUUGAUUGUCCAGAAGGGCUGGCAUGAGCACCGCAACUUUAAACUGGUUUUUUUCUUUACUUUCCCGAGUGUUUUUUUCUACAAUAGAAAGCACUAACUCAAUGUCUCAACAUCUGGAUCACCACUUCAGAGUAUAUACCGAGGUGGACGAGGUAUUAAGGAACGCAUCAGUACCACAAUUGUAGACAUUGAUAUUCUAAGACAAAGUAGACAAAGGGGGUCUAUCUUUUAAGAA